CAUGGAUUGUCUGCUCAUCCAAGCCAACGUAUUGGUCUUAGAAUGCGCAUGCUGAGAGUUUCAUCUUUUGCUUUUCCAACCCAGAUGCGAUGCCCCACGUCAUGCAUGGCAUGGCUCUCCUGUGCAGAGAAUCCGUCCGUCCUCAGGCGCGCUAUCCCCGAAGCGUGUGACCGCCUUCCAUAUCAGGCAGGCUCCUCGGCUCUCGAACCGUGGUUGCCAUGCCAAACUGCCAGCUCCAUCAGACGAAAGAGCGAGCAACAACAACUGAGACUCCUUUCCCGGCUGAACGCACAACACGCAAACUUUCCUUCCUUCCAUUAAGCCUUUUCACUUCGCAUUUCUGUAUUAACAAACAAACAACAAAAAGUCGGCGUCUGCAUUCUCUAUUCAAGCGAUACCCCAUUCUCAUUCCUUACCAUUGCCAAAAUUUCGAAAACUACAUAAACAAAACACUACAAUCAUGGAAGCACUUCUCUCACUCUCCUUCGACAACCUCUCCUCCUACGACCAAGCCAAGAUCCGCAAGGGUCUCCGACAAGUCGAAGGUCUCCUCGCGCAGAUCUGCCUCUCGUCCUCCAGCAGUACGCCCAAGACUGCCGCAGAGAAGCGCCGUUCGGUCAUCGAUCCGGGAAAGGAACCACCGCCACGGAAAGCGCUGGCGGAACUUGUCAACGAUCCUGCGUUUAGGGAGUUCUUCAAGCUGCAGGAUGGGUUUGAGUGGAAUGUUGCGAUGAGAUUGGUCAAUUGCUUGGAUAGGUUGUUGGGGAAGUCGCAUGAUGGGCAGAAUGAUUUGUUGAUUAUCCAGACGUUGGAUUUGAUUCAGGGGACGCUGUUACUUCAUCCUCCGUCUCGGACUCUAUUCUCGAGAGAACUGUACAUGAAUCACCUCCUCGAUCUCCUCGAACCGAUCAAUUGUCCAGCCAUCCAAUCCGCAACCAUCAUAACCCUCGUCUGCUGUCUCAUCGAGACCCCGCAAAACACUCGAACGUUCGAGAAUCUUGACGGACUCCUAACAAUCACCUCACUCUUCAAGUCCCGCGAAACUAGCCGAGAUGUAAAGCUCAAGCUGAUCGAGUUCCUCUACUUCUACCUGAUGCCCGAGACACCAUCGAUUCCAUCAGCAAACAACACCGCAUCUGUUCCUGCAAUGCUACAGCGCAGUCCGAGCAAGCUUGCUGGUGCUUUCAAUCGCACAGAGUCGGGCGCUGGUAGGAAACGUGCGGAUAGCGAGAGUGAGAUCACCAGAUGUACCGACGAGAAGAAGCAGCUUUUGAGCAGAUAUCUGGGCAAUGUCGAUGACCUGGUUGCAGAUCUGAGAGAGAGUACACCAUUUGGAGGAGCUCUG